UUAAAAGAAGCAGAGAUUGGUCAAAUCGAAUGGAAUAUUGCAACUGUUUGUGAUUAGCGAUUAGUGUUUCACGUGCUUCGCCACCAAUCAGAUUCGUCAUUCAAACAUGAGUAAAAUUUAAAUUUCACAUUUUGCGCGGCAUUGCAAAAGUGACUCGAAUUAUAUUUAGGUUACCGUAAAAAAAAAAUUGUCUUCAAAGAACCUUUAUAAGAACUGUUACGCGAACGAAAUUUACAGUUAAAUCCUUUAUGAUCUAACAUUUGUAUGUUUGAUUUGAGCUUCUCAUAUAUACCUUUUAUGAUGCUUUCAAUAACGAUUGCGCGAGGAAAAUGUGUUUAGAGGUCUGUUUUUCUUUUCUAUUAAAAUUUUUCGUAUAACGAUUAUUGUAAUUGGAGUCAUACAAAUUAUGAGCUAUGUCGAAAGAUAUUAAAGCAAUUUCAAGACCAAAGGUUAGAUUCUCCCAAUUUUCUGACAAUGUACAAAACAAGGAGGAGGACGUUGAAUAUUGUAAAGAGAAAACAGUUUUGCAAGCAAACGGUCCAAAAAUUAAGAGUAUCGUAACUCUCAAGAGACCUGUUAAAAUUGUGGACCCUAAGAAAUUGACAACUGUUUGCAACAAAGAUGUAUUGCAGCACGAUUAUGAAAGAGAGAUCUCGACACAUUGCAGUGAUAUUAUAUCUGAAAACAUUCAAAGUACAUGUCUGUCUAACAAAAAUGUUUCAAAUAUCGAGACCUCAAACAUUUUACGUAAUGCAAAUGGCAUUCAGAAUAUAAUAGAAAACUGCAACACAUUAACACCUGAUAAAAGUCCACAAGAUAAUAUUUUAAAAGAUCGCAAAGAAAAUAUGCAACAAAAGGGGAAAGAAAACAGAGAUACAAAACUGAAAAAAGUUGUAUCUAGUAAAGAUAUAAGCAAAUCAAAAAAAGAAAGCUCCCAUUGUACAAAAUCAGUUACACAAACUGGGAACUAUAAACUUCCUACAAGUAAGAAUAUGCAGAAAAUAGGUACUAAGGAUUCUAAAAGUCCAAAGAUGACAAAAUCUACACCAAGCAUUAUGAAAAAAACAAGGAAUCAAACAGUCGAAAUUAAUGCAAAAUCCGUUACACCAAAUGUUAUGCCAUGUUACAAGAUUGCAGCAAAAAAUAAAGUAUCUCCAGUUAAAAAGACUAUAUUACGUAAUAUAUCAGGUCCUAAAAUUGAAACUUCUGUGGGGCCAGGAAUUUCUCACAAAAAGAAGAGUGAUCUAAAAGCAGGUGAGGCAAAUAAAAUACAUAACGUUACAUUAGAUGUUGCUGCAGAAGAAUUGGCACGACCAGGAUAUAAUUCCAUUGCAUGUACCAUUAAUAAAUUGAAAGAACUUAAACAACAGAAGAUUGUCACAGAUAUUGACCAUUUGCCAUUAGCACAAAAGAGUUUUGUAAAUGGAAAGAUUUCUACAGCACUGGAUUUUCCAUUGGAUGAGGUAAUUUAUAAAAAUUUAGUAGAUUUAAACAUAGAUGAAAAACAGUUACCAUCUACUAUUACAAGAAGUAAGGAUCCAGAACCACGGCAAAAAGAUAUUACACCAAAACUUUCUGAUUUUUUUGUACCUGAGAAUACGAAGGAAAUUUGUGAGGCCGUGCACACUAAACCUCGAACUCCAAAAAUGGAUGAAAAUUGGAACGCUUUUAAAAUAAGUGAUAAAAUACUUGAAUGGAAACAUAGUAUGGAUGAUAUAUAAAAUGGUACAGAUAAAUACGACGGAGAUUGUAAGAGAGACAUGUACCAGCCAGUACCAUUCCGAUUACAAUUCCAGCUAUGAUCAUCCUGUUGAAAUUUUAAUGAAUUAGCUUUAAUCAUAUUUAAAAUAUGAUUUCAUGUUUUACAAAUUAAAUAUGCUAUAUUUACACAGUGAUCCAUAUAUUAUAAUUUUCUUUGUUGCUGCAACAUACAUUUUCAGCGCAACAAUGUUCCCAUGAUUCACACUGACCCCAUACACAGUAAUGUGCAGCAGUCUGAAAAUAUAACAGAUUAGUACAAUGUUAAUACUGUUAAUGCACUCAUUAUGCGUAUGUAUAAACUUUUAUAAUUUGUAACAAUUAGAUGUUGGUAUAUAAGCAUGCAUAUAUAUAAAUUUUUAUAACAAAUUAUUAAAUGACAAAAC